AUGUGGGAUUUGACGCCAGAUACUCAUAUAUUAAAGGAGCUGCCAGAAGAAUACACUUUUGAAACUGCUCUUGCAGAUUUGAUUGAUAAUUCGUUGCAAGCCGUAUGGACCAGUCGUGAAAAUGAUAGGAGAUUAAUUAGUGUGCAUAUUGCGGAGGAUAAGAUAUCAAUUUUUGACACCGGCCAAGGAAUGGAUAGUAGUGAAGAAAACUCUAUAGCUAAGUGGGGGAAGAUGGGUGCUUCACUUAACAGGACUUCCAAAGAACAUGAUGUAGGAGGCAAACCUCCAUACUUAAAGAUUCUUUGUUUCUUUUGGUGACAAUACAACCUUUUUUUGGCAUGUUUGGAUAUGGAGGACCUAUUGCAUCUAUGCAUCUAGGAAGGUAUUAUCUGUCUUAAACUUCUUUUUUUUU